AGCUCCUGUUUGCUUGUACUGUAGUACUUGAGCUGAGACGGCCAGGUGCAAGCGAGACUAACAUCUGCCGAAAGGCGGGCGAGACCAUGUCAUGAUGUAGGUCGGUCGUCUCCUCUCGCCAGUUCAUUUCUCCUCCCCCAUCAUCCUCAAAACAACAUGGCAGAUCUAGAGAAAGCAAGCCAGACCGAACAAUUGGAACGUGUCUCGACGGAGCAACCACGUGAUGAGAAACCCCUCGCCAACGUGGAAACUCUGGAAAGAGUCGACCUCCACAACCCUUAUGCCUGGAAAGGCGACGAAAGCGAUGGCAGGAUCAACUGGAACUUUCGCCAGUGGGUCGCUGCAGCAUUCCUCGCAAUGCUGUAUACUGGUUCUCAAAUCCUCCUCUACUUCACGGGAGCGACCUUGACCUACAUUGCGGAUGAUAUUGGAAGCCAGGCCGCGAUUGGGUGGCUGCCAGUAGCCAACACCCUAGCCAUUGCCAGUGUCUGCCCAUUCGUGGGAUAUCUGCAAGACCUCUUUGGAAAGCGCUACAUCGCCAUAAUCGGAGCGGGCUGCCUGGUCAUCGGCUGUGCCGUCAUGGGAACUGCUCACUCCCUUGGACACGCUCUUGUGGGUCAAGCUUUCGCCGGAGCUGGUGCUGGGAUCGGUGAACUCACUGGUCUUGCUGGACUGGCCGAGACCGUCCCUGUGAGAUCGAGAGGAUACUCCCUGGCAAUCUUGACCGCCUUCGUCUUGCCUUUCUGCCCCUACGUCCUCUACGCGCAGGAGUAUUCCAGCCACGCAUCAUGGCGAUGGGGCCCUUGGAUCUCUCUCAUUUACAAUUCCAUCACAGCCGUCGGUCUGUUACUCACCUACUUCCCCCAUGCGCACGUACGGGCACAUGGCUUAUCCCGAUCGGCCGUGCUCAAGAGGAUUGACUUUUUGGGAGGCUUCUUGUCCAUCACAGGCCUUGUACUAUUCCUCAUCGCCCUCCAAGCAGGCGGAUACACCCAUCCUUGGAAAUCAGCAUACGUCUUGAGCACACUUCUCAUUGGCCUCGCCAUGAUUUUCACGUGGGUCAUCUACGAGGCCAAGUUCGCCAAAUACCCCAUGAUACCGUCGGAGCUAUUCAAAGGCCAGCGCGUCGUUGCGUUGGCUUUUGCAGUGGCUUUCGUCGCGGGAAUGAACUUCUUCUCCCUCCUCAAUUUCUGGCCUCUGACCAUUUCUACCGUAUGGGCUCCUAUCCCUUUGGACAUUGGAUUGAGAGGCAUCUCAGCUGGCUUUGGCACUGCCUUGGGUGCGAUCUUCUGGAAUGCUCUACUCAGCGUCUUCACUGGCAAGGUCAGAUGGGUGCUCUUCCUGGCAGCGGCGAUGUUGACCUGUUUCGGCGGUGCACUGUCCGUAAUGUCGCCAGACAACAUGGUCAUGACCAUCGCUUUUGGGACACUCGCCGCCUUUGGCCUCGGCGGCGUUAUCGUCCCCGCAGCAACAGUAGCCAUGAUCGCCGCCCCCGACGCCCUCAUCACCACCUGCGCAGCACUCUCCCUCUCCGUACGAGCCGUCGGAGGCGCCAUCGGCUACUCCAUCUACUUCAACAUCUUCAAGAGCAAGCUCACGGCCAGAUUGCCUGUGCUCGUCUACGAAUACGCCGCCUUGGCCGGGCUCAAAGGCACCGUGCUGGAGAUGGAGGCGUUUGUGGAGACGUAUCUUUUGGAGGGCGUGGCGGCCGCCGAGAAACUUCCUGGUGUCACCCCGGUUGUUCUUGAGGGUGCGCUGAGGGGUAGUGAGUGGGCUUAUGCUCUUUCGUUGCACUGUGUUUGGUACACAAGCAUCGCUUUUGGGGUCUGCGCCAUGAUCUGCGCGGCGUUGAUCCCGAAUACGAAGAAGUUCCAGACGAACCGCAUCGCCGUGGAGUUGUCUUAGGGGUUGGGGGAAGUGGGUGCGUUGAUGUUUUGCACCUCCUUGAUUUAUCCGUCUACUUUUUGUCUAACCGGUAUCUAACCAUCUUCCAUCAAAUCUAAGCUUUCACCGGCUUCAGCCCCUCCUGUGAUCCACGCCCGGCAAAC